CAAAACGUCGGACGAUGAUUGAUACGAAAAUGCAUUGAAGAAAAAGUCCUUGCUACUAAAAGAGAAAGUGACAGCAACUAUUGCAGCAUCAAAAAAAUCUCUCGCAUAACUUUUACAUCUCAUCGUAUAUUUUGACGAUUUGUCUAGUGUCUGCGUCUAGGUACGGUAACAGAAUCGCCUAUCGAACGAAAGUGAAAUGGUUCUGGUUCUUUGCCACUAGAUAGGUGUGUCAUUUCGAAUCGGAAAUUUCCCAAUCGCACCCUCCUAUCGUUGUUGAAGUGUGUUAAGUGCUGGCUGGUGGAGCGGAGGAUGUCCUCGUCGUGAACCACCAUUGUUCUUUACCACGUCCUAAAAGCAAGCAAGCAAGAAGCGAACAGUGCGGAUCAGUCAGUUUUAUCUGGUUGGAGAAGGGGCGUGUGCAUCCCAAAACGAAUAAUAAAAGUUUCCCAGCUCCAAGAAAGAUUUUUGAUAACGAGUAGCUCCGAAAGCAGUCGAGGACGAUAUGAUACCAUUGGUGGUCUGAGAGAGGUUACAGAUCAGCAAAAACGACGGCCUACGUUGAAACGCGCUGAUAGCGUAGCCAGACGGGCUCAAUCAGGUGGAUAGAAUUCGACAUUGAGUUUUUCUUGCCAAGUUGUAGAAUUUCGCAAAACGCAAUUGCGAAAGAAAAACGGCCUUCGAGCUGGGUGAGUUAAAUCUAGGUCAGGUGCUGCCGAUUUUGUUAGCGCUGUUUGCCAACUUGGAGGAAGCUAGCAGAAUUUGGGCCAAAAUUCGUAAGAGGAUGGAUGGAAAUAGUGUGGGGAGUGGAGGCGGCGGGGCCAAUGGCGGAGGCUCGGCAGCUUCCGGAAGUGGUUUGCGUAACAUUCGCGAUGGCGAGGAUACCAGCGAAGAGAAUGCCCUCGGAACCAAUGGUGGAUACUCGAGAUUCGUUGAAGUGCCACGAGCAGCAGGUUCCGGCUCAUCAAUACCCGGUGCUGUUAAGAAAAAAUCUUGGUCUGAACUGAAGACCAUCGUCAACGAUAUGCGACGGCAGAUGUCUUCGUUGGCAAGUAUGUUUCCCAUGAAUGUGAACUUUAGAACCUUGUCGGACGGUCGAACGCGAGUUUACUUUCUGAGCCCUCCGAUUUCGAAUGGGUGGGAUACGGUACUGUUCUAUGCUGACGUUCCUGCCAGUGAAACUGACGGUCGCACCCCAAUGCGGCUGGAGUGGAAUCCGGUUCUGGAACCUAUCGUGUCGCAUCUGGCGACGAACAACUCGAGGGAAGUUCAAUUACUGCUCGAAAGAAAACGACUCUCGAUUUGGGGUAUUACUUCGUACGAAAUUCAUAAACCAAGUGGAAAAAUUGUUUUCCCCGCAUGCAACACCUUGUAUCAAUGUUUGGAUACUGGCUAUAGAGAGGGUACGCUAUUCCCAUCGGAGCUGAGGAUUCUGCAAAGAUCGGCCGCCAUAGAUCCCCAAAUAUGUCCACAAAAUUCGGACCUAGUUGCUUACGUUUGCAACGGAGAUAUUUGGGUGGUGCACACGUUAAGUGGCCACACCGAGCGGCUGACUUUCGCCCACGACGGACGUCGAUCGUUCGCGGAAGACCCAUUGACGGCUGGAGUUCCUUCGUAUGUGAUGCAGGAGGAGUUCAACCGGUAUCAGGGAUUUUGGUGGCAGCCCAGCAGUGGCGAUAAAAUCUACCGCAUCGUUUACGAAGAGGUGGACGAAAGCGACGUUAGUCUGUACACGUUUCCCACGUCCCAAUCGGUGGGAGGUGAUUAUGAGGAGUACCGCUUCCCCCGGGCUGGUUCGGCCAAUGCUAAAUCCAAGCUUAAGUUGGUCCAAUUUCGGCUCUCCGAGGCGCUCAAGAUAACCGAUGCCUGCAUCAAGGAGCUGCCGUGCCCGCUGACGUACGCGUUUCCCUGGCUCGAGUACAUCGUACGCGUUGGCUGGACACCGGACUCAAAAUAUGUUUGGGCCCAGCUUCUGGACCGCAUCCAGCAACGUCUGGAAUUGGUACUAAUACCGGUUGACAAUUUCUGUGAGCUGUACAGCAGUUCAUCACCUUCGCCCGGCGAUGGAAUCAGCAAUAGCACCGCGAGCGUGGGCGGUCUCACUAGUGGAGGUGGUGGAGCCAACAAACCGUCUGUGUCUUCCGUUGGCGCCAACAGUAGUGACUGCUGGAAAUCACCCCUGGAUGACCGAUCGGUACAACCAAUCCAGGUGAUCUAUGCGGAAAACUCCAGCAGCUGGAUAAACGUUCACGAUAUUUUGCACUUUCUCGAAAUCACCGACGACAAAAUCACGUUCCUCUGGGCAUCGGAGGAGACGGGCUUUCGACAUCUGUACUGGGUAACUUCUAGUCUUGCCACGGACGGUAGCAACAAUGUUAGUAGCAGUAGCAACAGCAGCCAUAAUAGUACUCUAAACAGUAGCAAUAGAAGUAAUCUAAGCGGCAGCAAAAGUAACAACGUUGAUAAUAGCGAGUUUGCCAACCAUCGCCAUCCCCACGAGGAAAUGACUGAUCCGCUAGCCAUGGUCGGGAUUGACAGCGGCACGGAACACGUGACUGAAACAGACUUUCUCGAAAGCGGCGGAAGUUUGGCCCCACGAAUCAUCAACAAGGUGGCGCUGACUUCGGGCGAGUGGGAAGUUCUGGGUCGAAAUGUCUGGGUGGACAAGAAAAACAAACUUGUGUACUUCAUGGGACUUCGGGAGACGCCAAUGGAGAAACAUCUGUACGCGGUCAGUUUGAUGAAACCCAACUGGCUCAGGCUGCUCACCGUUGCAGGAUAUUCUUUCACAAUAGAGUUCAACGAUGAGUGCACAAUGUUUCUACAGACCUACUGUAACCUGCAGACGCUUCCAUCGUGGGAACUGGUACGGGUCAAGCAAACUUGCCUCGCUGGAAACGUUUCCGGUCUCGAUCUCAUAUCGAUGGGCUACCUGUUCGAGGGUGGCCCUUCGGAAAAUACUCAGUAUAAUCCGACAAUCUACAGCCCCCGGCUGGCAUCCGGGGAAGUUAUCUAUGCCAUGGUUUUUAAGCCGCACAAUUUUACUCUCGGCGUUAAGUAUCCGACCGUGCUGAACGUGUACGGUGGUCCGGAGGUGCAAACUGUGAACAACACCUUCAAGGGAAUGCGACAGCUUCGGAUGCACAUGCUUGCAGCGCAAGGAUAUUGCGUGAUUUGUGUAGAUUCAAGAGGGUCCCGACAUCGCGGGGUACGCUUCGAAAGUCACAUCCGCUGUCGAAUGGGAACGGUUGAGCUGGCUGAUCAAGUUGAAGUGCUGAACAUUUUGGCCGAUCAACUGGGUUACAUCGACAUGGAUAGGGUAGCAAUUCAUGGAUGGUCUUAUGGAGGUUACCUCAGCCUAAUGGGGCUAAUUCAGUAUCCGGAGAUUUUCAAACUAUCGAUUGCCGGAGCUCCUGUCACCAAGUGGGAGUACUACGAUACCGGUUACACUGAGCGGUAUAUGGAUCUUCCGAUAAAUAACCGUUCGGGCUAUUCGGCCGGCUCGGUACUUAGCUACAUAGACAAAUUCCCUGACGAGGACAACCGAUUGCUGAUCAUCCACGGACUGAUCGAUGAAAAUGUGCACUUCUUCCAUACAUCACAACUGAUCAACGGUUUGAUUAAGGCCAACAAACCUUACCAGCUGCAAGUCUACCCGAACGAACGCCAUUCGUUACGAAACCUGGAAGCCAGCAAACACUACGAAACCAAGCUAUUGUCCUUUCUCCAGAAUCAUCUGUAAGCUGCUAAGCUCUAGGUGUGAUUGUACAAAUUUUAGAUCCUACUCCCUUCCGCCGUUUCCUCCUCGUGUAGUUGUUCCUUAUAAAUUUUCGUUUCGUUUUGCCCUUUACUCGCGGAUGAAACCCCCUUUUUUAGUCAGCUGUAAACGUAAAGUUCGCGGAAAGAAUUCUUGCUCCACCAUGUCUGUAUGUCUGUCAUAUUAGCCGGAAACAAAACUAUGUAAGAGUCAUUAGGUUUACGAAAUUACGCUAACAAUCGGAGCGCCGCUGAUAUAUGAUAGCAGAAAGCUUUGCCAGAAGUUCGUUGGGUGGAGCUAAAGUUAGCUAACUAUUUUUGGAAGAGAAAACACUCAUAUUACCAUCAUUUUUCUAUAGAUAGAACGCGACGAAAAUAUCCCCACACAAAAUCAUUAGCAACUGUCACAAGUUUUACUCAAACAUGUAAUUUAGGCAAUAACUUAUCGAUUCGUGUCGUGUUUGUUACUUUUUGUUCACGCGCGUAAUUGUGUAUAUUUUAUGUUUUAGCUUAAGCCAUCACAAAAAAACACGCUUGUACGGUUGUUAGGACAGUAAGCGGAUGCAUAUAAUAGGCGAUAAUAAAAUUGUUCGAAUUAAGCUCGUUCGCGCGCGUAAUGAAAUGAAAAUAGAACUCCUUUUAUGACAAAUAAUAUCUAUUAGCUUAGAGAGAGAGAGCGCGCAUUACUGCAGACAGUGUGGAUUGUUUUGAGUUAAAGUUUUAUUUUGAAUCAGUAGUCCUACCAGCGUAAUUGCAAUAGUGAAGAGGACAUGAUGGAAACCCACGCGUGCACUCAAAUCGACUAUCAACAUGUGUGAACCUCUAUUUUUAAAAUUGAAAGAUCAAACGGGCUUCGAGGUUUGACCAAUGUCUCGAAUACUUACGUACACACUUAUGUGGGUUCUCAUGAAGCUCGUUUUGAAAGUGCUUUGAACAUUAACGGAUUGAUAUAGCUAUCAUUCAUCGUCUGAUGUGCUGUAGAAGCGUAGGGCAGAACAGAACGAAAAAAUAUAUUUAUUAUGCACAAACGUAUAUUUA